UAGAAAAAGAAGGGAAGAAAGCGAUUUUCUGUUUUCACUCCCAUCUCCACAGUUUAGACCGGAGAGAGAAUCGAUUACUGAGUCCUUUUUUCGGUUUGGAGGGUAAAGGGGGUUCUUCCCUUCUUAUCCUUCUUUCUUCACCAUUAACAUUUACUUCUAAUCGUUAUUACCUCGGAAAGAAGAAGAAGAAGAAGAUUUGAUGACACCCUCUCUCCCUCUCUCUCUUCUUUUCUUUGUCCUUACAUGGGUUGGUCAAAAAAAUCUAUAUAUUCAAAUGUCCUCCAUUAAUGGAGGCUUUGUCUCCUACCCACAUAGUCUACUGGGUUUCACUUCUUAACAAGUGAGGAUUUGAAUCGGUAAGCAGGUUUUGGGUAGCAGCCGUUGGAGGAGGAAAAUCUGAGAGAGAAGGAAUCUUCGAUUUCGCAUAAAACCUUUUAUGAUUUCAUUGCUAGGUAGCGAAGAAGAAUUGAUUUUGAACGUGAAAAGGGUACUGGUUCUUGAUGCCGGCCGCACAGAGUUCAUUCCUACCUUCACAGAUGAAAAUUCCAUCAUCUGCUUCAAACUCUGUUCCUCAAGAAGCAUCCAAUUAUGAUGAGUUGUCCAUGAAACAAAGCUUGCUCUUCUCAGAAAGUCUCAAGGAUUUGAAGAAUCUGAGAACACAGUUGUAUUCUGCAGCAGAGUAUUUUGAAUUAUCUUAUUCCAAUGAUGACCAGAAGCAGAUGGUGGUGGACACCUUGAAAGAUUAUGCUAUCAAAGCACUUGUUAAUACAGUAGACCAUUUGGGUUCAGUGACAUUUAAGGUUAAUUGUCUCUUGGAGGAUAAAGUUGAUGAGGUUCUGGGAUCUGAGCUUCGGAUCUCUUGCAUUGAACAGAGACUGCGGACAUGCCAAGCGUAUAUUGACCAUCAAGGAAUAUCCCAACAAUCACUGGUCAUCACAACUCCCAAGUAUCAUAAGCGUUACAUCUUACCAGCUGGGGAGGUGAUGCACAGUUCUAGCCAUGCUACAUCAAAAUAUCAAGGAUGCAGCCUAGACGAUGAAGAUGAUUGGCAUCAAUUUAAGAAUGCUGUUAGAACAAUUCGAGAAACCCCACCAUCGCUUAGAAAAGAACGAAAAGGGCGUUCUCCAUCACCUUCUCCACGACCUGCCAUUCAACUUGGAACCUUUUCCUUCACAGAGAAGCGGACAGUCUCACCCUCUCGCUCUUCAUUUCUCUUACGUUCUGGGUCUUUCGCAAGUAGGCAAACUACUCCCCUCCGAAGCCGGCCUACUACUCUAACCUCUAGUACUUCAAGAAAACGGUACCCUUCUGAACCAAGGAAAUCGGUUUCAAUGCGUAUCCCGGCUGACAGGGAUGCCCCAGCCCUGGUCCCGGCCCCAGCCCCAGCCCCAGCCCCGAAAGAGAAUGAACAAAAUCCUAGCAAAAGUAAGCGUCUCCUCAAAGCCUUGCUCAGUCGGCGAAAGUCAAAGAAAGACGAUGUGCUGUAUACUUACUUGGAUGAAUACUGAGAAAGUAAUGGGGAUAGAAACACAUAUAGCGAUGAUUAUGGAAGACAGUAGUGCAAUGACUGAUACCUGCUUAUCUAAAAUUUCCCUGUUUUGGUUGUUACCCCAAUUUGUGAUAAUUUUUUUUGCUUCCAAGUUGAGGAUAGGUACUAUCAUGUACCAAUAGACAAUUCCUAUUGGACCCUGGGAUAAUGUAUUUUGUCACUGAAAACUUGAUGAGUGAGUUACAAUUUAAAUGUUGAAUUGUCUGUCA